AUGAGGUUUCAGCACCCCUAAAGGCAGUCUCAUAUUUUGCACUGAUCCAUACUUUGUUGAACAGCACAACAUUUCACUUUUCUUGAUAGCUUAAACUUCACUGUGGUGAUGACGACCUUUGACGAACUCUUGGAGGAGGCCGGGUCAUUUGGUCGCUAUCAGAGGCGUGUCUUCAUCUUGCUCUGCUUCGUGUCGUUGCCAUUUGCAGGUGUGUACGUCGGCAUCGUCUUCCAGGGUUUCACCCCCGAUCACUGGUGUUGGGUCCCUGCAGUAGUGGAGAGGAGGCAGGCCUGCACCUGGAGCCUGGAUGACAGCCGCAGGCUGACGGUGCCUUUGGUCAAUGGCUCUGGAGUGCUGCAGUACAGCACGUGUGAACAGUAUGAGGUGGACUGGAACACCACGAUGCUCGACUGUGACACACAGGAACUGGACCUGAGUGGAGUCCCACUUACAGCAUGCCAGGAUGGCUGGGAGUAUCAGUAUGAAGGCAGGAAAUCCUUUGUCACGGAGUUCAAUCUAGUGUGUUCAGAUGGAUGGUUGGUGGACAUGUACCAGUCCACUCUCAAUGUGGGCUUCCUGAUUGGCAGCUUUACCUUUGGCUUCUUUGCUGACAGGUUUGGCAGGCAGAUCAGUUUCUUGAUAUCCAACAUUUUGAAUGUAAUAGCAGGGAUCGCACUGGCUGCAUCUCCAAACUACAUUUCCAUCCUGGUGUCCAGGACCAUUUUUGGCUUCAGCAUCAAGGGAGGCUGGAUGACCUCAUAUGUGCUGCUCACAGAGAUCGUUGGUGUGAAGUACAGGCGCACAGUGGGCAUCUUGUACCAGAUGUUCUUCAGUGUGGGCGUCCUCAUCCUUCCUCUGCUCGCCUACUUCAUCACCGACUGGCGCUGGCUGCAGGUCACCUUCACUGUACCUUACAUCCUCUUCCUGUCCUAUUAUUGGUUCAUCCCCGAGUCUCCAAGGUGGCUCAUCUCUCAAAACCGUUGCUCCAAAGCUUUGGAGAUCACUGAGGCCAUGGCCAAAGAGAACCAGAAAAAACUUUCCAAGAUUACUGAGGCACUGACUGAUGGUGAAGGUGAGUCUGCCUCUGCCUCAUUGCUGGACCUGAUCAGAACUCCAAAAAUGAGAAAGCACACUCUCAUCCUCAUGUUCAACUGGUUCACUAGUGCUGUGGUUUAUCAAGGCCUCAUUAUGCGGGUGGGGAUAGCAGGAGGAAACGUCUACAUUGACUUCCUCAUUUCUGGCCUAGUGGAGUUCCCUGCUGCCUUCCUCAUCCUCUCCACCAUUGAACGUGUUGGCCGGCGCCUCCCGUUUGCCACCGCGAACAUCGUAGCUGGAGCUUCCUGCAUCAUAGCUGCCUUCAUUCCCGACAGCUUGUUCUGGUUAAAGACGGCGGUCGCCUGUAUCGGUCGGCUGGGGAUCACCAUGGCCUUUGAGAUGGUGGUGUUUGUUAACACAGAGCUCUACCCCACAUAUAUCAGGAACCUGGCGGUGUCCGUUUGUUCCACUCUGUGUGAUGUUGGAGGCAUCGUGUCCUCAUUCCUGCUGUACAGACUGGCUGUUAUCUGGCUGGAGCUGCCUCUCAUCAUCUUUGGAGCCGUGGCAGUCAUAGCUGGAGGUUUGGUACUGUUACUGCCCGAAACCAAAGGAGUCCCUCUCCCUGAAACCAUCGAUGAUAUCGAGUUCCCCAAUCGGCAAAAUCAGAGCAAAGUGGAGAAUCAUCAAAUGAAGAAUCUUCUUAAAGCAGAUCAGACAGCUGAAUGAUUACUUUUUAUUUCACUCAAACACAAGAAAGGAGGUUUUUAAUACAUUUUGUAUGAAGUAACAUUUCCUGGUUUUAUUUUCAGCUCUUUCAGAAACUUUCCUUGUUUUUAAAACCACUAACAUGCUCUGCUCAUAGUGCAUCCACCUCAGGUAACAACACCUAAUACCAACCUAACAACUUUAGUCACACCAGAGCAGAACAUCAUAUACAUGUUAACACAUCCUCAAUAAUAAGAUGACAGCUUUUAGUUGGCUUUGAUGGUUCUGUCGAUCCAGUCCACAAACUUAGACACUCGAGCGUAGACGCCGGGUUUCAUGGCGUUGGCGCACCCCAGACCCCACGAUGUGACACCCUGCAGGACAAAGCUGUUCUGCGCAUAACACACCAGAGGACCGCCGCUGUCACCCUGCAGGAAGAAAACACAUGCAGCAGCAGGCAUUUAGAUUUUUAAUGGAUAUGUUAGCCGCUUUUGAUGGCGUUUGGGUUUUUAGUCAGUUUGACUGUGAGAUUUUAUUGCAACUCUAAUUUGAUCAUGUUU